CUCUCCUAAAAUCUUUUCUGGGAUGUCCUGCCUCUCUCUCUCUUCCUCUCUCUUCCUCUCUCUCCCUCUCUCUCACAUUGUGUUUACAGCCUUGUGGAGUGCUGCAUAUCUGACAUUUCUCUCUCAAACUCCAACCAGCUCUGUUCUCAUCUGAAAGCAGAGAGAAGAGAAGAGAUCUUGUUGUGUAACCAGGACUGAACCACUUCAGGCCAGGCUGCAUUAAACACCUGAUGUGAGUUCAUCUCCAGACAACCAGCAGCAGUUUGAUUCCCUGAUUUCACCUCCUCCAACCAGCCCGACCAGCUCAGUCCAGCUCCACUCAGUCCAAACAGGCCCAGCAGCCUGCCAGAACUCUCUCCUCUCACAAUCCAAUCCGGUCAAAAUCUAACCAGUCUGCUGUCUCCAUGGAGCGCGUUCAGCACAUGACCAAGUCGGCCAUCCGCCGAGCGUCUCAGAUCGAGGUGAAUCCGCAAGCCAAGAGGAACCUGCAGGAGCUGUUCGUCAACUUCACCCUCAUCCUCAUCUGUCUGCUUCUCAUUUACAUCAUCGUCCUGCUGAGCAGCUGAGAACAGCAGAGCCGAACGCAGAGAGAGUCUGGCAGGGCUGUGCUGUGCUGCGGACGAGGGUUUGGCUGAGAUAUGGGCUUUACUGAUACAUACAGAUCAGAUCUCGAAUAAAGCAAUAAUAGCAUCCCCAUAUAUCAG